CGCGGAAUUGGUACACUGCAUGGUUUGUGCCAUGCGGAGACAGGCUUCUGAGGGCAAGUGCGCGAGUGAAGAGGUGAGCGCGGGCGUCUGGACUCAGAAAUCUGGAGUCUAGUGGAAAGACCUGAAAGAAGGCCAGGAACCUGAAUAAGAUCUAACCGCUGUUUCCGAGGGGGCAACUACCACGGGGAACCCCUCAGCCCUGGUAACGGCCAAAGAGGAGGAGAUGGCGCCAGUCAGGGAGCGGCCGUGGCCGAGACAGUGAGGAAGCGCGAAGGCAGAGCAACCGGGGAAGCCUCGGGAGAAGAAUCAGAGUCAUCGCUGCCGCCACUGCCGCCACUACCAUGGAAGGAGCAAAGCCAACAUUGCAGCUCGUGUACCAGGCAGUGCAGGCGCUUUACCACGACCCAGAUCCCAGCGGAAAGGAGCGCGCCUCGUUUUGGCUUGGGGAGCUGCAGCGUUCGGUUCAUGCUUGGGAGAUUUCAGACCAAUUGUUACAGAUCCGACAGGAUGUGGAAUCAUGUUAUUUUGCUGCCCAGACCAUGAAAAUGAAGAUUCAGACCUCAUUUUAUGAGCUCCCCACAGACUCUCAUGCCUCUUUACGGGACUCAUUGCUAACCCAUAUCCAGAACUUGAAAGACUUGUCACCUGUCAUUGUAACACAGCUGGCUUUAGCAAUAGCAGAUCUUGCCCUACAGAUGCCUUCCUGGAAGGGAUGUGUACAAACAUUGGUGGAAAAAUAUAGCAAUGAUGUAACUUCUCUGCCUUUUUUGCUGGAGAUCCUUACAGUGUUACCUGAAGAAGUACAUAGUCGUUCCUUACGAAUUGGAGCUAACCGGCGCACAGAAAUUAUAGAAGAUUUGGCCUUCUACUCUAGUACAGUAGUAUCUCUGUUGAUGACCUGUGUAGAAAAAGCAGGAACAGAUGAAAAAAUGCUUAUGAAGGUCUUUCGCUGUUUGGGAAGCUGGUUUAACUUGGGAGUUUUAGACAGUAACUUCAUGGCUAACAAUAAGUUACUAGCACUCCUUUUUGAGGUUUUGCAACAGGAUAAGACCUCAUCCAACCUACAUGAAGCUGCUUCAGACUGUGUGUGCUCAGCUCUCUAUGCCAUUGAAAAUGUGGAGACUAACUUGCCAUUAGCCAUGCAGCUUUUUCAGGGAGUCCUGACAUUGGAGUCUGCCUAUCAUAUGGCUGUGGCACGUGAAGAUUUAGACAAAGUUCUGAAUUACUGCCGUAUUUUCACUGAACUAUGUGAAACUUUUCUUGAAAAAAUUGUUUGUACUCCAGGCCAAGGUCUUGGGGACCUACGAACUCUGGAACUGCUUCUUAUCUGUGCAGGACAUCCUCAAUAUGAGGUAGUAGAAAUUUCCUUUAACUUUUGGUACCGACUAGGGGAGCAUUUAUACAAAACUAACGAUGAGGUUAUUCAUGGCAUCUUCAAAGCUUACAUUCAGAGGCUGCUUCAUGCCUUGGCCCGGCACUGCCAGCUGGAACCAGACCAUGAGGGUGUUCCUGAGGAGACUGAUGACUUUGGGGAGUUUCGGAUGAGGGUAUCAGACCUGGUGAAGGACUUGAUUUUCUUGAUUGGGUCUAUGGAGUGUUUUGCUCAGUUAUAUUCUACUCUGAAAGAAGGCAACCCACCCUGGGAGGUGACAGAAGCGGUUCUCUUUAUCAUGGCUGCUAUAGCAAAGAGUGUUGAUCCGGAGAACAAUCCAACACUUGUAGAGGUCCUGGAAGGAGUUGUCCGUCUCCCAGAGACUGUACAUACAGCUGUGCGAUACACCAGCAUUGAAUUGGUUGGAGAGAUGAGUGAAGUGGUUGACCGAAAUCCUCAGUUCCUUGAUCCUGUGUUGGGCUAUUUGAUGAAAGGCCUGUGUGAAAAGCCCCUAGCUUCUGCUGCAGCCAAAGCCAUUCAUAACAUUUGCUCUGUCUGCCGAGAUCACAUGGCUCAGCAUUUUAAUGGACUCCUGGAGAUUGCCCGUUCCCUUGAUUCCUUCAUGUUGUCUCCAGAAGCUGCUGUGGGCUUGUUAAAAGGGACAUCCCUUGUCCUAGCCAGGUUACCUUUGGAUAAGAUUACUGAAUGUCUUAGUGAACUAUGUUCUGUUCAGGUUAUGGCAUUGAAAAAGCUGUUGUCUCAGGAGCCUAGCAAUGGCAUAUCCUCAGAUCCCACUGUGUUCUUAGAUCGCCUUGCGGUGAUAUUUAGACAUACCAAUCCCAUUGUGGAAAAUGGACAGACUCAUCCGUGCCAAAAAGUCAUACAGGAAAUAUGGCCAGUUUUAUCCGAGACUCUAAAUAAGCACCGGGCUGAUAAUCGGAUUGUAGAGCGUUGUUGCAGGUGCUUGCGCUUUGCUGUUCGCUGUGUAGGCAAAGGAUCCGCAGCCCUGCUGCAACCUCUAGUCACACAGAUGGUGAAUGUGUACCACGUACAUCAGCAUUCCUGUUUCCUGUACCUUGGCAGUAUCCUCGUGGAUGAAUAUGGCAUGGAAGAAGGCUGUCGGCAGGGACUACUAGAUAUGCUUCAGGCACUGUGCAUCCCCACCUUUCAACUCCUAGAACAGCAGAAUGGUCUCCAGAAUCACCCAGACACUGUAGAUGACCUGUUCAGGUUAGCCACCAGGUUUAUUCAGCGUAGCCCUGUCACCUUGCUGAGGAGCCAAGUAGUCAUCCCUAUCUUACAGUGGGCUAUUGCCUCUACUACAUUGGACCACCGGGAUGCCAACUGUAGUGUCAUGAAAUUCCUACGAGACCUCAUCCAUACAGGGGUAGCCAAUGAUCAUGAAGAAGAUUUUGAACUACGGAAAGAACUGAUUGGACAGGUGAUGAACCAGCUUGGACAGCAACUUGUAAGCCAGCUGCUCCACACAUGCUGCUUUUGUCUUCCCCCCUAUACCCUACCAGACGUGGCUGAAGUGCUCUGGGAGAUCAUGCAGGUUGACCGACCGACUUUUUGUCGAUGGUUAGAGAAUUCCUUGAAAGGUUUGCCAAAGGAGACAACUGUGGGAGCAGUAACAGUGACACACAAACAACUUACAGACUUCCACAAGCAAGUCACUAGUGCUGAGGAAUGUAAGCAAGUUUGCUGGGCCUUGCGAGAUUUCACCAGGUUGUUUCGAUAGCUCACACUCCUGCACUGUGCCUGUCAUCCAGGAAUGUCUUUUUUAAUUAGAAGACAGGAAGCAAACAAAAACCAGACUGUGUCCCACAAUCAGAAACCUCCAUUGUGGCAGAGGGGCCUUCACCGCCACCAGGGUGUCCCUCCAGACAAGGAGAGACUCCGGCCUUCCGAGGCCAUCCUGAGGAGCUCCUGUUUGGGGGUGUGAGGGAAUAUCAGCGCGGUUGAAAAAAGGUGGCUGCGGCCUGCCCAGCAUGGGGGGGAGGGGAGCUGGUUUCCUGGUGAUCUUGUUUCUAAAAGGAAAAGUAAUUUUAAGAAAAUAAAAAAGGAAAAAAUGAAAACUGAAACCAGAACUGAAA